AUGCACCAUGCUACUGGAACUGGUACUACUGGUAUAGUUGCUAGCGGCAUUCCUGGAGCUGUUUUGGAGAGGAGUCAAAAGAGACAAAAAGAGGCCAAACGAGCUACUACAGAUGGACUGGUGGAUAGCAUGGAUGACAGGAAGCCACCCCCUUCAGCAACUGCCACACGUGGACUCAAGAGGUCUGUGGAAGAAAUGGCUGCUAAGGAUGCCGCUCGACGUAGUAGCACUGGGAGUGGACUGCUGGAUAGCACGGAUGACAGGAAGCCACCCCCGUCAGCAACUGCCACACGUGGACUCAAGA